GGCAGAGGCUCGAGGUUCGACCAACACCUGUAAAGAGGAAGAGCACAAAAUAAACCGAACACCAACUCAGCUGAAACAUGUGGAUAUCUCUGACAGCCUCUUUAUUUUUAGCUUUGGGAUUAAUACAUCCAGUUAAUAUGUCGUUUUCUGCCCUUCCUGAAGACUUGGAGGGAUCAGGAUGUGAUCUGGACAGUUCUGGUUCUGGUUCAGGGGAUUGGUCAGACCAAGGUAAAAUGAAAAACAUCAAGGAUCACCCCAACGGCAUAGAUGUUUUUCCAGCAAACGCAGGAAGUGGAACUGAGAAUUCUUUUCAAGGUUCUCCGAUCCUGACCUUUGACAAUACACACUGGCCUGCAAAAGACAGCGGAUCAGGAUUUGGUGUUUUGGCAAACAGCAAGAGUUUCUUGGAGAACAAAGACGUCUUUGCAGGUGUUAUUGCAGGAGGAGUAGCAGGAGGGACAAUUGCAGCUGCACUGGCAGCAAUAUUAAUCUACAACUGGCACAAGAAAGAUGAUGGAAGAUACAUUCUGGGCCAGCAGAGUGCUUCAGAUGAAGAUUACGAACCCAAAAGGCAAGAAGUUGUUUAACUGUCCACACUUUUGAAAAACCAAUGUUUGCUUUCUAAGGUGAUGCUGAUGCUGACAGGCUCUGUACCUGGGAGGCGGUGAUAGUUAUUUUUGCACUUAAUGCAAAUAUAUCUAAUGUUCAUUGGUCAUUUAUUUAUUAUUAUUUGUGAUAAAAUAUGAAUGAUUCUCUUUAUUUAACAACUUUUUAGUUGCAUAUCUUUUACAAAGCCUACAUGUUAGGCUUAUGCCUGAUUAGACGUUUUCUCAGGACAGUGUGAGUGUGUACAGAAAAUGCUUGCCUUUUUCUUGGAAGACAUUUUUGACAUGUCACAGUAGGAAAAGCACAAUUGUAAUAAUGAAAUUAAUAAUAAUGGUAUUGUGCUCUAUUGGGCUCUAUGUCACACUAUCAUGGAUUACUGGGACACUUGAAUAGAACAGAGACGUUGUUAAUGUUAUUAGUAACACCUGUGCUUUACCUACUAUGACAAGUCAAAAAGUCUGCUGUGAACUGGCCUACUGACAUCUUCCUUCAAAGGCCUUUCAAAGCUGCAUGCAGGACUAAAGGACCUCAGUACUUCUAAAAUCCUGGCUACAGCCCUGGUUGUGCCAAAGAUAUUUGAUCCACUGUGCUAAGUAGGGAAACCUCAGUGUUAUCCACCAUUACAGUUAGCUAAAUAAUCCAUGUUAUGUGAAUUAAGAAUCUAGAGGAAACUCAUUUGAGGAUGUAUAUUAAAUGUAAAUUACAAUGAUUAGGUCAUGAUGAUUGGCUGCUACAAUGUAACUCGUUAUCUCUUCUACAUAUGUGCCAUUAAAUGAUAUUUAAUAUGUUUGUAUUCCAUAAUUGUUAAUAAAUGAGCUUAAUAACUA